AUGCCUGUCUGCACACUUUCAGACCUCCGCAAGGAGGAUGAGCAGCGCACCAGAGAUAUGGAGAGGGGAGAGACUUCACCUCUGCUGAGAGCUGAAACGCGAAGCACGGAUAGCAACGUGACCAGUGGGGAGUCCACCUCUGUGCGCCGGACGACGGCGCUGAGGGUGCUCGAAUUGCUGUUUCCCUACUUCAGGCUGCGCUCCCUGCUCCUCCUUAUUUCAAUAGCGGACUGGGCGGUGUUUAUUACAACGCUUGCCAUGGACUCAGAGAUGCCCCUUGUCCCUUCAAGGUUUGGGAUGAUGGGAGUGGAGAUCGCCGAGCUGGCACUGAGCUGGCAGCGACUGCAGCACAGAGACCGUCUGCUAACAAACAUUGUUUCCUUCUUUGUACUCAUGGGGCUCUUCGCCUUCACGCUUAACGGCGGUUCAAUUGACCAGAUGGGUCACCUGGGAGGGUUAAUAUGCGGUUUCUCGCUUGGCAUUCUCUUCAACAAAGAUAUGUUGGAGAAGCCUGGGUGGUGGAAGUUGGCGUUUUGGGGCUCCAUAUUCUUGCUCAUUGCUCUACCGGGGUCGUGCAUUCCGGUUCUUUUCGCGGUUGAUAGGGGAUGCAGUGCAUAA